AACACACCAACCCUAACCUCUUCCUAUUUUCACACACAUAUCCUUAAUACUCACACUUAUUCUGUUCUUCUUUUGCAGUACAAUGCAUUCUUUGAGUUUAAUGAUCGUCUGGAAGCUGUGAUGAGCAAAGCCUACAUUUACAGGGUGAUCCGGACGAGUGCGUACCUGCUGUACUCUCUGCACUGUAAUGCCUGUAUUUUCUAUUGGGGUUCUGACUAUGAAGGACUGGGUUCUACUAAAUGGGUCUAUAAUGGCAAAGGAAACAGUUAUAUUCGCUGCUACUACUUUGCUGUGAAGACUCUGAUCACCAUCGGAGGUUUGCCUGACCCCACCACUGUCUUUGAAAUCGUCUUCCAAAUGCUCAACUACUUUGUGGGAGUCUUUGCUUUCUCCAUCAUGAUUGGUCAGGUGGGAGUCAUACGAGAUAUGAGA